UGUAGAGUGAAAAAAAAUGUAAACAUUGGGCUACAUGGCCAUUGAAUAUAUACACACAUAUUGUCAACAACUUCAGUCAGUCAAUCUAGUUGAGACUUUAAUGUUUGCCAUGAGCAGAGGCACUAUGACUGAAAUAGCAUUGAAAUUAAUUUUAAUAUGUACUUUAUCACUAAAGAUUUCGUCCACACUAGAUUUAAAGGAUACUAUUUCAAACACUGAUAGUUUCUUUAAUAAUAUGAUGAAAAAAUAUGAAAUGACAGAAUUAAACAAAGUACAAAUAUCAAUUAAUAAAGAAAUUGAUCAAUACUUGAAACUUACUACGCAACAGCUCUUCCAAGUUACUCGAUAUAAGAAACAACUUCAAAUAUCAAAUAUUCAAGAAACAGACGUUCGAGUUUUCAAUGGCCUAGAGGAGGUACUGAGUUUAAAUUUGUCAGAUGUAAGGGAUAUGAAUUUUUUCAAAAAGUACAUCGGAUACGAGCAAUGGUUCGGAGUUGCGUUGACUUCCUCCAGUAUCGUUGUUUAUAAAGUUUUCCAAGACAAGUUAGAAAAGCUCGAGGCUUUUCCGAUUCGAGACACCUUUAAACUGCACAUCGUCAACUUUCACGGAACUACUUUACUAUUCGCUCAGAAGUCGCAGAGCGUAACUGUGCAUUAUUUUCUUCUGCACGAUGGAAAAUUCUCUAUCAAGGAGAUCUACCAACUCGAUGUUAAAGGUCUUAAAGAUUUGUCGAUUUGGCGUAAAGAAGAUGAAUUGUUCUUAGCUGCAUCGACUCUCGCUCACAUCUUCAUUUACACUUGGCAGACCGAUCACUUCGAUCUCGAGCAAAUCCUGCCGCACAACUCCAAGUUUUCGAAAGCUUUCCACCUCACUAGCGACAGUGACCUACUGGUUGCAAGCUCGGAUUCUCCCCAAAAAGCCACAAAGAUUUUCUCUUACGAUUCUCGAAUCCGUCAGUUCGUCGCUGUCCAGACGAUCCAUCAAUCCUUCGACGACGUCGCGCUUUUGCACCUUCGACACUCGAAGACGAGCGAAAGCUUUUUGGCCCUGAGCGGAAACGAAUCGACGAUUGUAUACAAGAGAUCUGCGGAUGAUGUUCUGGAAGGUUUCUUGCCUUUUCAAGAGAUCGGUUCGGCGGAUCGGGUCAUAGCGAUUGGAAAUAAUAAUACAUUGCUGUUGGUGCUGCUGAAAGAUGACGUUGUUGAUGUUUAUCAGUACGACGGCUGGAGGUUCAUCAGAUUGGAUUCUCAGAUUGUGGGGGUCGAGAAUGUGAAGGUUGUGGCUGUUGAAGGAGAGGAGGGGAUCCUUGUCAAGAGGGCUGAUGGAAGCUCGAGUUUGAAUCGGAUAAAUUGGAUGAAAGUGAACCAGCCGGUAAAUUUCAAUGAUGCGAUCCACAAGUGGUGUUUGGCUGCUAAAGAGAAAGCAAAACACAUUUCGAAACUUCCAGUUUCAGAGGCUAAAGCUCCUAUUCGCAUGACGAAGGGGCAAUUGCAAAGGGUUAAAGUUCAACACGUGAACGACAUGGGCAUUGAAAAAUUACGAAACUUAACGGAGCGAUACGAUCAGUUACUUUUGCGCCUAUCGGUUAUAAACGAAUCCUUGAGUCAGACAAUGUCGCCGGAGAUUCGCCGCUUCGAUACACUCAGAGCUCAAACAAUUCGAGCUAAUUGCACGAACCGGUGCAGUGCAAAUCGCUUGGUGACCGAGCUGAGCUGUGACAUCUUUUCGAAUCUUCCCAGAGUAGACGAUAAAACGCAGAACCUCACGCUGGAGCACGUAAAAGUCGAUACACUGGAUGGAUUCCCCUGUCCAGUGGCUGCUAUCGAAUUGAAAGAGGUGAACGUCAAGGGACUACUGAAUGGAGCGGAUUUUAACGAGAUGCAGAAAAAUGCUCUGAGAACUUCUGGAGACCAAGUUAUCAGUGCCGAACAUGUAUUCGCCAACCUCCACGUCGACUCGAUCUUAGCACCGAACCUCGAACCGGCCUCGACUCACACUAGUCAGAAUAUUCGCACCACGUCCAUUCACGCGAAGGAGCUCAAUUUGACAGACGGUGGACUGCUUCUUCCUCUGGACGGCGAACCAGUUAUGAUGCCCGGAACUCUAACUGCCUCCAAAGUCAGAUUCAACGGGCUUAUCGAUCAGCAUGGAGGGAUAAGAGGUCGCAGCAUCAAACGCGUCUCACCGAUAGCUGAUUUCCCGGAAUUCCGCGAACUCAACGGUGACUAUCAUUUGAAUAACGUCCAGAUCACUGGAUUAUUGUCAGCUAGUGAUGUGGCUAGGACGAAAGGUGGCACGGAGAAGACGCUCGGAGAGAUUGUUAAAAGGGUCGUGAGGCUCGACGAGGAUGUGCCGGUGCGACUGGCGCUGAGAAGCAAUACUACGCUGUGGAAGAACGUAACUGUGCAAAAUUUGCCUAAUUGGCUAACAAGGAAGAAUUCCGAGAUGGUCAGAGUCACUGGGGAGAAGAUCGCUUUUCAGAAGGUGACGCUGCCGGAUUCGUUAUACGAAAAUCUUCCCGUACCAAGGAUACAAACGCCAAUGUGCAGUGUAGGGGCGGUGACGUCGGACAUAAAAACAUCGACGAUAAGAGUCGGACAGGCGACGGCAAAAGUAGUCGAGAGUCAAAAUGUGAUCGGCGCAAGGGACUUGGAUAACGCGAUGAGAGACGCGGUGACUUCUCUAAACGAACUAGAUUUGUCUCGAAAGAACUUCACUGGAACUGUAACCGUGAAAAAUUUGAAUAUCUCUCAUUUCGAGAGCAGUCCUUUUUACAGUUUUCAAAAAUCGAAAUUCAGUUGGUACCAACCGAAUGUAAUAAAGGGACCAGUUAGUGCAAAUAAUUUGAAAGUAAGUUCGCUUACUACCAAAAGUGGCAUUAGGAUUCCCUCUCCCACUGAAAUUCGAAAUAUGAUCGUUGAAGGAGAUCUGCAAGUGGAAACUAUCAAUGGAAUUAGGUUGGAUGAACUUUUACAAAAUAUCGUUAAAUUAACCGAUAAAGUGUCUUUGAAGAAAGUUACGUUUGAAGGAACUCUUGAAGUGGACCAAGUCGAGGCUAAAAACGUAAAUUUUGAUUUGCAAAGUUUCGAAAAUGGUGCAUCCUUGGGAAAUAAAAUUAUUUCUGGAGACUUGGAAAUUGAAGGUGAUCUCUGGAUUCCAAACUUGCUGUCUUAUCCUACAUUAGAUGAAAUUGAAUCAUACGUUGUUGAAGGAUCCGUCAAGUUCAAAAAGGAACCAGACGUUGUUAACUUUAAUGGCAAAAAUUUGCAUCAACUCAUAUCGGAAAUUUGGAUGAACAAUCGUCCAACGACUUUGACAGGAAGUUUCGAAUUUGAAAAAGUCACUCUAUCCCAGUCUCUUGAUUCCUAUAAAUCACUGCAGACACCGCAGUUCGGAUCAUGGGAAUCCUUUGAAAGUCGUAUGUUGAGCAAAACCAAACUGCAAGAAAUUAAAGUUCCAGUUUAUCUCAGAACUGCGACAAUUCCUAACAUAAUAACGACAGAAAACUCUACUUUACGCUCAUCAGAUCAGUAUCUUAACGAUUUGCUCUACAAUACUUUAAAAAAGAGUGGGAAUCAAACUAUAAAAGAGAAAUGGCAUUUUGGUAAACUAAUCGUUGAAGAUAAUCUCACGUUGCUUGGAAAGAUAAAUAAUUUAAAUUUAUCCUCCGAUGUUGCGAGGCACGACGUUGAAACCAAUCGUGUUACCGGUAAAAAAAUUAUUGACGAAUUGACAGUGAGAAAUUUAAAGGGCAUGAAUUUCAGUGAAUGGGCAGAAGACGCUUUCAUACCAUCCAAUGAUGAGAAGCUUACAGUCAUCAAAGGAAGAAAAACGUUUAAUUAUCUAAAUGCCCGCCUAGUACACGUCAAUGGUACGGUAAUGGGUAAGAAAUUGGAAGAAUGUCUAUUGAAAACUGGCGAUCAAGUUAUCACAGCGCCAAAAGUCAUAAACGGAUCCUUACACGCCCCGUCGCUUAUAGUCAACGGACUGAUCAAUGACAUUAAUUUAACAGAUUUCACGAAUAAUUUAUUGCAAAAACAAAAACCAGUGCAGCGAAUAAAGUCAAAAGUAGUCUUUAGCGGUAACGUACAAGUAAUGGGAGAUCUCGAUGUCAAGGAAAUGUUUCAACAAGUCGAAUCCUCGAAAACCAAUUUGAUAAAUGAAACUCUCGUACCUGCAAUGGAAAAACUUGCCUAUCUCAAACCAUUUGCCAUCGGAGUUGAACAAACAAUGAAGCGGCGAGCAAAGUAUUGGGACAAAUUCGAAUAUGUUAAUGAGAAUGUUACAUCAACUAAUCAAAUUUCAAGUCUGGCGCCUAAUGUUAAUACAAGUUUCUAUAGAUUAGGCAAUUGCAUUUUGAUGAGUCUUGCUGAAGUGUCGUGCAAUGAACAGAAUAAGUACUAUUUGAAAGUCAUCUCAAACUCAUCAGGAGUUUUAGUAAACCAAUUACUAUCGGUUGACGGUGUUCCUCUGGUCGUUCAAGUCAGCUCUGGUCCACGAAGUAGAAUAACAAUUUAUAUGUACGACUACAUAACAAAUUCAUUCAAUAUAGCGACGAGUAUACGCGCUCCAGGAAUAACGCAAGCUUCUCUGUCAGCUGUCAACGGCGUCGUGUGGAUCGCGACACGGCUCAAAUCGCAGAUGCUGCUGGCUCGCUUCGAAACCUGGAACGACCUGCAAAAGUAUCAUCUUCCGGACUCUCGAAUUUUUGCGCUAGAUAUUGUUCCCACGACCAACGAGUUCAUACUCGUCCGAGAGGAUGGCAUGUGGAAACUUGAAGGACUAGCUGGGCCGAGACACGCGUUCAAGGCUAGUCUCAAGGCUGAUAGGUUUGAAACUUUCGCUCGUAGUCGUGAUUUCUUUAUCAGACUAGUGUGUAAGAAUGCCGGCAGUAAGCUACUGAAAGCUAGGUAUGUGGGUGUUUAAAAAUAUUCGUAUUUUUUGUGUACUUUAUUUUAUUAUUUAUUUGUUUGUAAAAGUUAUUAAUUAUUGGAAUUAGAGGCGUUGCAAUUCAUUUUCUAUUUAUAUUGUUUAUAUAAAAAAAAAAUUGUUAAUGUUCGGUUUCACUUAAAACCGAUAGAAUUAGUUUCUAUUUAUUUUAAGUUAAUUGUGAUAAUUACGCGUUUGUUAUAUAACACAUGCAUGUUACUUUAUAAAAAGUAUAUCCAAAGUUAAAAUAUCGCACAAAAUAAAACAUGACAAGAAUCAAAUAAAAUCUUUAUUUCAAAUAAA